AUGGAAGACCCUUAUCCGUCUGGCACAGUCGCGCUGCAUCACAACCUCAACCACCACCCUCCUAUUACGAGCACCAGAUACGCUGAAAAACCUUCAUAUUACAGCUUUAUUACCUCUGGUUCUCCACAACACCAUAAUGAAUCCUCUGCACAACAAACUUCAUCUCCAGGACGCUACGGAACCGGCUUCAUGGAAGCCCCUAAUCCCCCUGCCACAGUCGAGAUCCUCCAGCCAUCGCUCAGCAGUCGUCCUGGCCCUGUGAGUGGGGUCAGAGAAGGGGUCUUCCACCACGCUGUUCUCGGCAAGCACGACAGUGUUUUUAGUUCUUCAGAUUCUCAUCCGUUCACUGGUUCUAGCGAUGCAACCAAUGUAUGGUUGCCACCACAACCCGUUGCUGCCCCUGUCGAUUGUGUUUGGCUGUACUACCAAAAUGUCCGAGGUGUUAGGACUAAAAUCGACGAUUUGCUUUUGGCGGUUACGGACUGUAACUACGACGUCAUCAUAUUAACAGAGACUGGAUUAAACGAUUGUAUCGAUUCUCUGCAAAUCUUUGGAUCGACAUUUAACGUUUUUCGUUGUGACCGUAGUUGUAUAAACAGCAAUAAAACGAGCUUCGGUGGCGUAUUAAUAGCGGUUCACCAUCGCUAUUCUUGUACGCAAAUCCACACGCCUCACGGGGAAAGAUUGGAACAGGUGUUUGCCGUCAUUGUCAUCGGAAGUAAACGAUUAGCAAUCGGUGCUGUGUACAUCCCACCUGAUCGUAGUCGCGACGUGGAGUUGAUAGAUGAACAUGUGGCCUCUGUUCGUGAUCUUUGUGACAAUGCUACAUGUGUAGAUCAGGUGCUGCUUUGUGGUGAUUACAACCAACCUCGCCUACAGUGGUUGCAGAGUGCUGGCGGCGAAGUUUUACCAGCAGGAGCUUCGACGGUAUCUGCGUCGAGUGCUGCUCUGAUCGAUGGAAUGGACUUUUUGAAUUUAAGUCAAGUCAAUUGGCACCGCAAUCAACUGGAUCGAACUCUUGAUCUUGUUUUUUGCUCAAAUGGCUGUAAUGUAAUCGUCAAUACAGCUGUGGUUGCACUGUUACCCGUGGAUACGCAUCAUCCACCAUUGGAAAUGUCUCUACCAGUACCUCGUACGUGCCAGUACAGUGACGGGUAUCCUGUUGCCGAUGAAUACACCCCCGAUUUUGGAAAAAUCGACUACGAUGCACUUGGUUAUUACCUCCCCACUCUUGACUGGACAUACCUGAAUGCCUGUCAAAAUGUUAAUGAAAUGGCCUCUGAUUUCUGUUUUACCAUUCAACGUUGGUUGCGGGAGAAUGUACCCCACAGAAGACGUCCAGUUUCGCCUUCUUGGAGUACGGCUUUACUUCGACAGCUGAAACGCGAAAAAAACGCCUGUCAGCGAAAACAUCGUGUUCUACAAUCGUCUGACAGCAAACUCAGGUUUCAACAUGCAAGUAAUGCGUAUCGUAAGCUGAAUUCAACUUUGUACAAGACCCACGUCUUGAGAAUGCAAACCAAUCUGCGACAAAAUCCGAGAAACUUUUGGAAAUUCGUCAACAGUAAGAGGAAAAACUCAACUCUCCCAAGCAACGUGCUCUAUAACGACGUCGAAGCGAAUACUCAUACUGAAUGCUGUGAGCUUUUCGCCAAGUUCUUUACAUCCGUGUUUGACCAUAUACCAGCCAGUGAAGCUCAAGUUAAGUUUGCCUCCAUAGGUGUUCCUUCGGACGUCAUAAGUUUGACGACGUUCGUGGUCACUCCUGCCAUGGUGAUCUCCGCUGCAAAAAAAAUUGAAAAGUUCGCUUUCGCCGGGUCCUGA